AUGUUCAAGUGUUUUCCAAUUCCAUUUUGUAACCGAAAUUUAGAACAAAUCGAUAAACGUCAUUGUAAUUUAACAACAGUACCGGAUGAUGUUCUACGUUAUACGCGUACAUUAGAAGAACUACUACUUGAUGCCAAUCAGCUUCAAGAUUUGCCUAAGGGCGUCUAUCGGCUAACACAAUUACGUCGUUUAACAUUCAGUGACAAUGAAAUUCAAUAUAUAUCACCUGAAAUUGGACAACUGGUUAAUCUAGAAGAACUUGAUUGUUCAAGAAAUGACAUAGCGGAAAUACCGGAUAAUAUUCGGCACUGUCGAUUAUUGCAAAGACUUGAUUGUAGUGGGAAUCCUUUGGCUAAUAAUCUACCAGCGGGUAUCAUCCAUCUUCGACAAUUGUGUCAAUUGACAUUAAAUGAUGUUUCACUGGCUGAAUUACCAAGAGAUAUUGGGAGCCUUUCAAAUUUACGUGUGCUUGAAGUUCGAGAAAAUUUGCUCAAAGUUUUACCUGAUUCACUUGUGCAAUUGCCUAAACUUGAAUCGCUUGAUUUGGGUUCAAAUGUAAUUGAACAACUUCCAAAUCAUAUGGGUAAUUUACAAUCAUUAAAAGAAUUAUGGUUGGAUUCGAAUGAAAUACAUGAAUUACCAGUUGAUAUUGGUAGAUUGAAACGUUUACAAUGUUUGGAUGUGUCUGAAAAUAAAUUAACUUAUUUACCGGAAGAAAUUGGAGAUUUAGACUCAUUAACAAAUUUAGAAUUGUCAUCAAAUCAAAUCGAAUCUCUGCCGGCAACAAUCGGUCAACUUAAACAUCGUUUAUUAAUAUUAAAAAUAAAUUCGAACAGUUUAACAAAAUUAUGUGAAGAAAUCGGACAAUGCUUAGCAUUAACAGAAUUAAUCUUAACUGAAAAUGCAUUAACUGAACUUCCAGUAACAAUUGGUAACUUGAAAAAAUUAUCAAAUUUAAAUGUUGAUCGUAAUCAAUUAACACAUUUACCUGUUGAAAUAUCUGGAUGUGAAUCUUUGGGUAUGCUUAGUUUACGUGAUAAUCGUGUGACACAAAUACCAUCGGAAUUAUCGAAAUUAAAACAUUUACAUGUUUUGGAUUUAUCCGGCAAUCGCUUAUUAAAUUUACCAUGUACAUUACUUGAAUGUGAUUUAAAAGCAAUAUGGCUAGCAGAAAAUCAAGCACAUCCGAUGUUAAAAUUUGCUACAGAUAUUGAUGCAGUAACCGGUGAAAAAGUAAUCACCUGUUAUUUACUUCCACAACAACAAUAUACAACAUCUUCGAUGGAAAAUCUUCUAAAUGUUUCAAAAUCUCAAAAUUUAAAUAAUGAGCAAGCCAAAGUACUUCAGGUAUCAACAUCUCCCACAGAAGAACAUCAUGAAAGUAAAAGUCCAUCUCCAAUUGAUGAUCGACAUGAACGUACUGGUUCAGUCAAAUUUGCUGAUCAAUCUGAUGAAGGAAAAGAAAGUUCAUUACAACGUCAUAAUACUCCGCAUCCAAAAGAUCUUCGAACAUGGAGAAAUAAAAUUGCUAAAAAAUUUCAUGUUACUGACGGAAAUUUACUUCAUCACGAACAUCAUCCCUAUCAACCUAAUGCUAAUAAGCACGGACAACGAGAUUCAACACAAGCUUCUCUAUCAUCACAACAAUCCAUGUCAUCGACGAAUCAUCAAAAUAAAAUUACUAUAGAUCCCUCAAAUCAUAUACACGAAUCAAUUGAUUAUGUUCCACCUGAAAUAUCGGCUGAUCAUCACGAUUCAGACGACGAAGAUGAUGAACAUUCCGGUGAACAAGUGCAAUAUAUUGAAAAACAUGUUGAAUUUACAGACGAGAUAAAUAAUAAUGAAGAAACUACGAAAGAUCAUCAACAUCAACACAAACUUCAUCGGCGAGAUACACCACAUCACUUGAAAAAUAAACGUAUUAUUAAUAAAAAUAAUGAUGCAAUUUCAUUCGAUCAAAUCCUAUCACAUAGUUCAACCAAAUCAUCGUUAACAAGUCCAGGAAAAGAUUCGAGAUCAUCAUCUAUUCAAGUCAAUGCUCGUCCCAUGACACUACACAAGGAACAAAUAACAAUUAAUAUUCGUCGUCCGCCUAAUACUGGCCUUGGCAUUAGUAUUGCCGGUGGUAAUGGUUCAACACCUUUCAAAGAAAAUGAUUAUGGAAUAUUUUUAACAAAAAUCAAUGAAGAAGGACCAGCCGCCCAAGCUGGUUUACUUGUUAGUGAUAAACUUCUAUCUGUUAAUGGAAUAUCGCUAGUAAAUGCUGAACAUAGUGAUGCUGUAGCUGCUUUAAAAAAUGCCGGUGAUAAUAUUGAAAUGAUUAUUAUGCGCGAGAUCUUACAAUCAUCAGAUGAUUAUAAUGAAAAUAAUAACAUAAAAGAAGGAGAAAAAUUUUCUACGGUUAUUCAACGUAAUGAGAAAAAAGGUGGAAAUUUUGGCUUUUCAGUUGCUGGUGGAAAUCAAACAAUAACAACGAACGGCAACGGCAAUGAAAAUUUAUACAUAUCAAGAGUUAAUAAUCAAGAUAAAAGUUCACCGUUAGCUGUUGGCGAUCGUCUUUUAUCUAUUAAUGGUCACGAUACAGGAAGUAUUAGUCACGAUCAAGCUAUUGAUAUUAUUAAUAAUGGUGGACAUAAUGUUGAAUUAGUUGUCUACAGAGAAAAAUUUACUAAUGGUAAUCAAAAUAUGAUUUCAACAACAAAUAUUGAUAAUACUAUUGAAGAAGCGCGUGUUUCUAAAGGUAAUGGGCCAAUGGGUUUAAGUAUUGUCGGUGGUACUGACCAAGCGUGUCCACCAUUUGGACUGAACCAACGUGGUGUAUUUGUUUCAAAAAUUCUGCCAAAUGGUUCCGCUUCUCGGACGAAUCUUCGUAUUGGUGAUCGAAUAUUGAAGGUGAACAAUCGUGAUGUCUCACAAGCAACACAUUUAGAAGCUGUAGAAGCUCUCUUACAACCAACAACUGAAGUUAUUUUACUUGUGCAUCAUGAUCCUCAACCGGCAGGAUUAAAAGAAGUUACAUUGGCAAGACACACAGGUGAACCUCUUGGCAUCCGAAUAAAUGGUGGUGUUGAUGGAAAACGUGUUAAUCCAGAUGAUCCAGAGGACGAUGGAAUAUUUGUAACUGAAGUAAAAGAUGGUAGUCCAGCAUCAGGUAUUCUUACUGUUGGUACACGAAUUCUCGAGGCAUUCAAUAACACUUUUCAUAAUCGAUGGCUUUGUUUUUCACAUAAAUCAUUAUCAACGAGGAGUAAAUCAUCAUCAUCAUCAUCAUUAAUAAUGCCAAUUGAUUACUCAAUAAAAGAUUAUUGUGAAACAAAUCUUGAUGAUAUGAUAAAUUUCAAUAGAACAGUUUCCUAUGAUAAAUCAUCAAAAAUAAAAAAUUCGCGAUCAAGUGAAUAUCUAAGAAAAAACCUUCGUCAUCGACAACGAAACAAAAAACAAACAAAAUCAAAUUUCUUACCAAAAUUAUUUCAUAAGAAGAAUAAAAUAAUCAAAGAGAAAAAAGAUUUAACAUGUACACAACAAAUUUUGGUACCAAUGACAACAUCGAAACAUGUGAUUUCGACAUCAUUUUCAGAAACAUCAUUGUCGUCGUCUAAGGAUAUAAAACAAUUAGCUUUACCAGAACCACCAUCGAUCAUUCCAGUAGAAAUAAUUGUCACACCUGAGCCUUCAUAUAAAUCUUUAUCAUAUAAUCCACCAUCACCGAUUUCAACACAUAAAUCAUCAGUUCUACAAUCGAAUACAUCUUCAUCAAAUUAUCAUUUAAGAUCAAGUCUUAAUUACAGUCAAUAUUCAUUUGAAGAAGGAACUUUCGAUAAAGAUUGUCCUCGUUGUUCCGGUGAAGAUGAAUUAUCUAUUAAAACUGAUUCCAACCAUAGAAAUAUAGAAGAAAUUUCUCAGCGUUCAUUUAAUAUUUUACAUGCUUCAGAAAUGUAUUUAUCGUCUAAUAAUUCAAUGAAUGAACAAUGUGAUUCAUCAUCUGUUCUAUCUGCAGAAUAUGCAACGAUGGAUGAAACAAAACAAUUACAUUCAUGUGAAAUCAAUGAAAUUAUACAGGCAAUUCAUUCAACAUUUGAUAAUAAUUAUAAUCAACGUGAUGAAAUACUUGAUGCUUUAGCGUCAUCAUUAGAACAUGUAGCCGAAGAAACAUCUUCCAUUCUACAAGAUGAAGAAGACAUUCUCACUAACAUGAAUAUCCCAGAGCCAGCUCAAGGACUUGAUCAGAUUUUUGUCAAUAAUCAAAGUUUAUUUGGCGCUCGAUUGGAUGAUGCUCAAAAAUGGCUUAGUAUGCCAAGUGAAACAAUCCACUUAUUAAUCUGUUAUGGAUUUAAAAUUAAAGAAGUAAAUUUGGUUAGUCCAACGAAAUCAUCAAAACCAGUCGAUACGAAUCGAUCGUCAUUAACACAACAAUCUAACUCACCGAUACCACCAACACGACAUAAUGGCGUAUCAUUAUUUCAUAAUGUUUCACUUUCACCCAAAGUAACAAGUCCUGUUUAUGCCAAUACAAAUAAUAAACAACAAAUAUCACCUCAACCACCGCCUGUUCCAGUUAAACCAAAAUAUCGAACACCCAAUACACAAUUUAUGUCGAUAAAUGGGGAAAAUCAUAAACAAAAACAGCAACAACAACCAUCGCAAAAUGGUUUUGAAAUUGAUGAAUCUGAUUUCUCGGUAACAGAAUCAGAACGAUCAUUUAAAGAUAAGAAAAAAUUUUUUGAAAGUGGAUUCAAAGAUUCUGGACCUAAACCUAAACCGCGACAAUUUAAAUAUAUCAACGAACACGAACUAUUACAAAUGAAACAAGAAGAAGAUCAAAAAGUCAAGACGAUGAGUCCAACUGAAUUACUUCAAUCUCGAACAAUGUAUGCUGGUGAUAUAAAUGAUUCUGAACUCAUGCAAACAACACUAUCUCAAUAUCAAACACCGAAUUAUCUUGCCAAACCAGAAGAUGAUCAAACAGAUGAGGAUAUCGUCCAACAACAACAACAACAACAACCACGAAAAUUACCAUCGACUAUACGAAUGCAUUCGCACGAACGAGAUACUGCUUCUGCGCAUACAAUGCUUUCAAAAUUAACAAUUAAUUCUGGCAUGAAUUAA